ACGCCAGCCCAGCCGGAACUCGCAGGCCGAGCAAGAGGUCACUGCCUCCAGGGAGCCCACGCUGCAUCACAAAGGAGCCCCGGAAGCCUGAAGCACUGUCCCCCGCCUGGACACCCUCCCCUGACCCAGCUGACCAGACCCAGCCCUCAGACACCUGCGCAGCAGCCGCCAUCCUGAGCGGCCUGAGACUCGAGAUGGGGGAGCCCGAAAGCCCGGUGGGGACGGUGGAGAUCGCCGGCCUGUCGGGGCAGAAGCGCCGAGACUUUCUGGAGGGGGGGCUGCUGCUGCUGCUGCUGCUGCUGGCGGGGGCCCUGGUGGCCGUGGGGCUCCUCUACGCCCACGGCGGAGGGAAGCAGCUGCCUCUCUUUUCUAGCCGGCUUUGCUUCUCAAAGGAAGAGAAGACCAUUGUAAAACGAAAACCCCGAGCGGUCAGCCAGCCCAAGGACAUGGAGGUCUGCACGACCCCCGGGUGCGUGAUGGCAGCCGCCAGGAUCCUGCAGAACCUGGACCCGCAGGAGGACCCGUGCGAGGACUUCUACCAGUACGCCUGCGGGGGCUGGCUGCGGCGCCACGUCGUGCCCGAGACCAACUCCCGCUACAGCGUCUUCGACAUCCUCCGCGACGAGCUGGAGGUCAUCCUCAAAGGCGUGCUGGAGAACGCGUCCGCGGAGGACCGGCCGGCCGUGCGCAAGGCCAAGAUGCUCUACCGCUCCUGCAUGAACGAGAGUGUGAUAGAGAAGCGAGACUCUCGGCCCCUGCUGGACAUCAUCGAGGCGAUGGGCGGCUGGCCGGUGGCCAUGGACAAGUGGAACGAGACGGAGGGCCCCAAGUGGGAGCUGGAGCAGCAGCUGGCCAUGAUGAACGCGCGGUUCAACCGGCGGGUGCUCAUCGACCUCUUCAUCUGGAACGACGACCAGAACUCCAGCCGCCACAUCAUCUACAUAGACCAGCCCUCCUUGGGCAUGCCCUCCCGGGAGUACUAUUUCAAAGAGGGCAGCAACCAGAAGGUGCGGGACGCCUACCUGCAGUUCAUGACGUCGGUGGCCACCAUGGUGCGGAAGGACGCACGCCUGCCGGCCAGCCGGCAGCUGGUGCGCGAGGACAUGGUGCGGGUGCUGGAGCUGGAGACGCAGCUGGCCAACGCCACCGUCCCCCAGGAGGAGCGGCAUGACGUCACGGCCCUGUACCACCGGAUGAGCCUGGAGGAGCUCCAGGACAAGUUCGGCCUGAAGGGGUUUAACUGGACCCUGUUCAUCCAGUCCAUACUGUCCUCCGUCAAAAUCAAGCUGCUGCCCGAGGAAGAAGUGGUGGUCUACGGCGUCCCCUACCUCAGGAACCUGGAGAACAUCAUCGACGUCUUCCCCUCCAGGACCUUGCAGAACUACCUGGUGUGGCGCCUGGUGCUGGACCGCAUCAACAGCCUGAGCCAGCGCUUCAAGGAUGCCCGCGCCAGCUACCGCAAGGCGCUGUACGGCACCACGGUGGAGGAGGUGCGCUGGCGGGAGUGCGUCAGCUACGUCAACAGCAACAUGGAGAGCGCCGUGGGCUCCCUCUACGUCAAGGAGGCCUUUUCGGGAGAGAGCAAGAACGUGGUGCGCGAGCUCAUCAACAAGGUGCGCGCCGUGUUCGUGGAGACCCUGGACGAGCUGGGCUGGAUGGACGAGGAGUCCAAGCGGAGGGCCCAGGAGAAGGCCCUGAACAUCCGGGAGCAGAUCGGGUACCCCGACUACAUCCUGGAGGAGGGCAACAAGCACCUGGACGAGGAGUAUUCCAACCUGAACUUCUCGGAGGACAUGUACUUCGAGAACGGCCUGCAGAACCUCAAGGCCAGCGCCCAGCGCAGCCUCAAGAAGCUGCGGGAGAAGGUGGACCAGCACCUCUGGAUCAUCGGGGCCGCCGUGGUGAACGCCUUCUACUCCCCGAACAGAAACCAGAUCGUGUUCCCCGCCGGGAUCCUCCAGCCCCCCUUCUUUAGCAAGGAGCAGCCGCAGGCCUUGAACUUCGGGGGCAUCGGGAUGGUGAUCGGCCACGAGAUCACCCACGGCUUUGACGACAACGGCCGCAACUUCGACAAGGACGGCAACAUGCUGGACUGGUGGAGCAACUUCUCGGCGCGGCACUUCCGGAAGCAGUCGGAGUGCAUGGUCUACCAGUACGGGAACUACUCCUGGGACCUGGCCGACGACCAGAACGUGAACGGGUUCAGCACUCUCGGGGAGAACAUCGCGGACAACGGCGGGGUGCGGCAGGCCUACAAGGCUUACCUCAAGUGGACGGCCGAGGGCGGCAAGGACCGGCAGCUGCCGGGGCUGGAGCUCACCUACGACCAGCUGUUCUUCAUCAACUACGCCCAGGUGUGGUGCGGGUCCUACCGGCCCGAGUUCGCCGUCCAGUCCAUCAAGACCGAUGUCCACAGCCCCCUGAAGUACAGGGUGCUGGGCUCGCUGCAGAACUUAGCCGCCUUCGCCGACGCGUUCCAGUGCGCCCAGGGCACCCCCAUGCACCCGCACGAGCGAUGCCGCAUCUGGUAGCCAAGGCCGAGCCGCGCUGGGCGGCCCUCACCGUCGCCCCG